GUGGCCGCGGCCCGACCCUCUGCAAGGCGAUGGCCCGGCCUCCGAGCGCGGGCUAGCGUGCUUGGGUGUCCCGCCAUGGGCUGUAUCGGCUCCCGGAGCCCGACGGGUGAGGCAUUUCUGGGGACCACCAGCUGGCUGAGGCUCAGGGACAGAGACGGCUGCUCCAGCUAAAGGUGAAUGUUGGAGACACAGUCGCGAUGCUGCCCAAGUCCCGGAGAGCCCUAACCAUCCAGGAGAUUGCUGCUCUGGCCAGAUCUUCCCUGCAUGGUAUUUCUCAGGUGGUGAAAGACCAUGUGACUAAGCCUACAGCCAUGGCUCAGGGCCGAGUGGCUCACCUCAUUGAAUGGAAGGGCUGGAGCAAGCCCAGUGACUCUCCUGCUGCCCUGGAAUCAGCCUUUUCUUCCUAUUCGGACCUCAGUGAGGGCGAACAAGAGGCCCGCUUUGCAGCAGGAGUAGCUGAGCAGUUUGCUAUUGCAGAAGCCAAACUCCGGGCCUGGUCUUCGAUGGACGGUGAUGAUUCCACCGAUGAUUCCUAUGAUGAGGACUUUGCUGGGGGAACUGACACAGACAUGUCUGGGCAGCUGUCUCUGGGGUCCCACAUCCAGGACCUCUUCACUGGGCGCCGAUUCUCUCGGCCUGUACGCCAGGGCUCGGUGGAGCCUGAGAGCGACUGCUCCCAAACCGUGUCUCCAGACACCCUGUGCUCUAGUCUGUGUAGCCUGGAGGAUGGGUUGCUGGGCUCCCCGGCCCGGCUGACCUCUCAGCUGCUGGGUGACGAGCUGCUUCUUGCCAAACUGCCCCCCAGCCGGGAAAGUGCCUUCCGCAACCUGGGUCCAUUAGAGGCCCAGGACUCACUGUACAACUCGCCCCUCACAGAAUCCUGCCUUUCCCCUGCUGAGGAGGAGCCUGACCCUUGCAAGGACUGCCAGCCACUCUGUCUACCACCAGUGGGAAGCUGGGAACGGCAGCGGCAAGCUUCUGAUGUGGCCUCUUCUGGGGUGGUGUCCUUAGAUGAGGAUGAGGUGGAGCACGAAGAACAGUGACCCAAAUCAUGCCUGGUGGUGGCAUGCGUCCCCUGGCUGCUGCUGGGGGCAGAGCCUCUGUGUCCACAUAUGGGCUCAAGGCUCUCAGUGAGCUCCGAAGCCUAGAGGGCUCCUGGGAGCACUCACUUCUCCGUUGUGUGUUUUGCAUGAAAGUGUUUGGAGAGGAGGCAGGGGCCGAGCUGGGGGCGCAUGUCCUGCCCCCACUCCUGGGGUUUGCCGGGGGUUGCCCGGGGCCCCUGGGGCAUGGCUACAGCUGUGGCAGGCAGUGAUGUUCAUGUUCUUAAAUCUAAAAUGCCACAUUUCCUCCUGGAUGAUGUGAACUCUUGGGGGGGUGGGCUUCAUUGUGACUGGCUGGGGGGAGGUGGAGUGGGAGGGGGCUGGGCCACCUCCUCUUCCCCCCAGCCCCUCAGCCCCUCUCCUCUGCUUCUCUCCUCACCUUCAAGUCCAUGUACAGUGCUUAAUAGAACCACCUCCACCUUGGGGGGGGGAGGGGGCUGGCUCCUGCCCUUGAGGAGCCUCUGGAUUGAGUCACCCCCUAAGGGCCCCUAGCCCAGCUGGGCUUGUGCUGUGCUUCACUUCUCCAUCAUCUCUAAAUCUUCUUCUUUUUGUUUUGUAAAGACAGAGAGUUUCUGGUCCGUUUUUUCAGUCAGACAUUCUCUAGGAGGCAUUGGAAUGAGGAAAGAGAGUACCCUUCACCUUUCUCCUGAUCCCCCACCUGAGGCCUGGGACCCCUCCUCAGCCCUCCAAGGAUGUGUGGGUGCAUGCAGAGUUCUCUUGAGUGUGCAGCUGGAAGAAGGGAUGGCUCUGACUGCUUAGAGCUGCGGCUUUGGUGUUCUUCUAGAGAUGGCCACAAGGGGGCCUCAGAAAUGGCCAGGAAGCUGUCAACUGAUGUCUGUGUCUGGCCAGAAUUGUGCCAAUGAGUGAUAUAGUCAGAGGAGAGAGUGCCUGUCCUUAGGGAGAGAAGGUAGUGCCUUUCUUGACUUAAUGGAAAGCCACAGCCGCAGUACUAGGGCCCCUGCCCCAGCUAGGGUGUUAAUGGCCAGGCAGUGGAGCCCUGUGGGACAUCUACAUUCCAAGGAUACUGGACUCUAGAUUUUUAUGGCUAUGGGGAGGGUAUGUGGCUGCAGAAAUAGAAGCCUUAUAGGCUUUGGCAGGUAAGAGGACCCAAGGUAAGAACAAGAGCCAAUGGGCACAAGCAUUCUAUAUAUAAGUGGC